AUGGCGUCAAGAUCGAUGUGGCGGAGCCUGCACUACAGUGCGAAGCGGCGGGUUGUCUCCCCGGCGCAGUACCGGUGUUUUUCGUGCUCGCUGCGCGCGCAGGACCAGGGCAAGACGGACAGCGAGAAGAUGACGCAUUUCGGGUUCACGAAUGUGCCCGAGUCGCAGAAGGAGUCGUUGGUUGGAGCGGUGUUUAGCUCGGUUGCCUCGUCGUACGACACGAUGAACGAUCUGAUGUCGCUGGGCAUCCACCGACUGUGGAAGGACCAUUUCGUGCGGACGCUGAACCCGGGCUCGCCGCUUGCCCGGCGCCACAACGAAACGGAAGGGCAGGGAUGGAACAUCCUCGACAUUGCCGGGGGGACAGGCGACGUUGCGUUCCGGAUGCUCGACCACGCGACCAACGUCAACCACGACCGGCAGACGCGGGUGACGAUCGCGGAUAUCAACCCGGACAUGCUUGCGGAGGGCAAGAAGCGGAGCAUCGCGACCCCGUACUACAACACGGGCCGGCUGUCGUUCAUGGAGGCCAACGCGCAGACGAUGCCGUCGAUCCCGGACAACUCGGUGGAUCUGUACACGGUGGUGUUUGGCAUCCGCAACUUCACGGACAAGCAGGCGGCGCUGAACGAGGCGUUCCGCGUGCUGAAGCCUGGCGGUGUGUUCGCCUGCAUGGAGUUCAGCAAGGUCAACAACGACCUGUUCAAUGCCGUCUACAAGCGCUGGAGCUUCAGCGCCAUCCCCCUCAUCGGCCAGGUCGUCGCCGGCGACCGCGACAGCUACCAGUACCUCGUUGAGAGCAUCGAGAAGUUCCCCAGCCAGGAGGAAUUCCGCGCCAUGAUCCACAAGGCUGGCUUCAUGAUCCCGGGCCGCGGAUACGAAGAUCUUACGGGGGGGAUUGCCGCCAUCCACAAGGGUGUCAAGCCUCUUGCUUAG